UUUCAUUACUAUUAAUUUUACACAUUCAAUUUUUUUUUUUUUUGCAUGAAUAUUGCAUUUGAAUUUGGUCUACAUACAUACAUAUUCAAGUACUAACUACAUUGCUUAAGAAUUAAUUAAUCAUGGGAAGAAAUUGUGGAAAUUGGGAAUUGACAUCAGAGAUUUGUGAUCUAUCUAAAGGUGUUCCUUCUUGUUCUCAUCGAUCUAUGUAUACUACACAUUCCGAAUUCAUCGAUUGGUAUCUUCUUCUUGAUGUGGAUGAGAGUGUUGGAGUAGAUGUGAUUAAGCAACGAUAUCGUAAGCUAGCAUUGCAGCUUCAUCCUGAUAAGAACAAACAUCCCAAAGCUCACAUUGCAUUCAAGUUGCUUUCCCAGGCAUAUGUUUGCCUGACAGAUGAAGCAAGCAGAGAGGCUUUUGAAACAGACAGAAGAAACCACAUAUGCACAAAGUGUGAGAAAACACUUAGACAUGGAAAUGUUGCACAAGUAGCCAAAACAUUUCCUCCUCCAGACAAGGCAAGAACAGUUUCCAGAAGCAUUUCACGACAUGUUAAAGAACUUAAAGCCAGAUUUAUGGAAGAAGUUGCAGUAAUAAAAACCUGCUCGAAGGCAAAGUCUUCAACCUCUACUUACUCGAUGAACCAACCUCAGACUUUCACAAGAAGAAAUGAGACACCGAUCUUCAACCCAUCAAAUUAUGAAUUACAAGGCUAUCCUCAUCCUAACAAUUAUAGCAAGUUGCUUCAUAGAUUUCAGGAAAGGAACACUGACAAACAUGUUUCUAGCUACCCAGUGUUUGAGCUCAGAUCAGAAAAGGAAGCUUAUUUACAUAGGUUUAGUAGAACCAGCUCUAAGAAUAUGUUCAACAGCUAACAGUUGUUAUGCUUCUAUUCUAUGGUGCAUUUAGGUUGUGUGUAAUAACUCAUUAGUGUCUUUUUAUGGCAGUGUUCGGAUCAUACUGCACUGAAAAAUAAAACUUACAACUAGCAAAUGUUGUUCCCUUAAA